GUUCUCCAAAGGGACAGCUCGGUCGGACCUCCGCACCCUCGUUAACUCCUGCCUAGGGGGGAAUCCCUGCCUUCCAUUGGGCUCAGGAGGAACCUCCUCCCCGCGGGAAACCAUGCCCUGGAGUCCACUACAUCAGCACCCAUUCCCCUGCGCAGCUCAGUGGUCAGGAGGCCGGGUUUCUCCAGAAGCCUCCUGGGAGACCCCAGCCCAGAAGGAGAAGCUACGGCGCUAAUUCUGCAGCGCGCAGGGGUCUCACGGCUGCGCCGCACGCCUCCAGUGCGUAACCCAAUCUCGCUUGGGUUGGUGCCAGUUUUGGGUGACGCCACACUCUCGCCCCGCCCUUUCUUCGCUACCCUCUGGGCCUCCCUAGCGAGAAGGGGCGCUAGUUUUUUCCUAAAGGGGCCUGGCCUGUAGGGGGCGGGAGCCUGCCUGCCUUGGCCUUCGAUUGGACCAGCCCUCGCCAGCGAGGCUUCGAGAUUGGUCGGCUCGUGCUCUUCUCUCCUCCCCCUCCAGGACUUCCGCUUCCGGUUCUGACGGACGCUUCGGCCGUAACGAUGAUCGGGGACAUCCUGCUGUUUGGGACGCUGCUGAUGAACGCAGGGGCAGUGCUCAACUUUAAGCUGAAAAAGAAGGACACGCAGGGCUUUGGGGAGGAGUCGAGGGAGCCCAGCACAGGUGACAACAUCCGGGAGUUCCUGCUGAGCCUCAGAUACUUCCGGAUCUUCAUCGCCCUGUGGAAUGUCUUCAUGAUGUUCUGCAUGAUCGUGCUCUUUGGCUCCUGAGCCCCAGACACAUACCUUCCUGGGAACCAGGAACCACCUUCCCAGAUGCCGAGUCUCCCUUCCUCCGUUCCUGACAACUUCAAGAAUGGUUUUGACCGGAAAACCAGCGACCUUCCCAGAAAGCCCAAGUUCGUGGUGGGUGGAAAAAAAUGUUCGCCAAGCUGCACACGGCUUCCCAGCCACAUCCUUGUUUUCUUUUCAAAGAUAUUUUCACUUUGGUUUCUGCGUUGAAAUGCUGUCUACUUAAGGAGUUUUAGGAGGGUUUAUGGAAGGGGAUGUGAUAACAUUGCAUUCCCCACAGAUAAAAGAACGUUGUGUAGAUAGCUUUUUUAGAUUGAAUUUCUCAUCUAGCAAGCUUUUACUAGAAACUCAUUUCUGGAUGUUUCUUAGUUUAUUUUUUAAUAACCCUCCUUUUUUGGUUCAAAUUAUACAGAUUUUUCAAAAUAAUUUUUUAUCCAGGGAUCUGAAACAGAAGGGUUGGCUUUUAAGAUUGAUGCAGCCUCUUUACUGGACUGUGUUUAGGAAUAACAAGCAAGUUCAUUGUUGCUGGGCUUGUGUCCAAAUUCCUUUCCUGUCUCGAUGGGCUCUGCUCGGCCACUCAGUGCCUCUGAGGUCAUGCCCAGGACUUUAAGGGUGAAGCCUUACUGAUUACCGUGGAAGAGAGGUACGGAACAGUUGGCAGGGGCAGAUGUGGGUGUUACAAGAAAUUUUGCCCUGCCUUGCAGCCCUCUGUUAAAGUAACCCUUGGGGCCAUUAAAUGUAUAGUUUUUAAGAAUGAAUGACUUACAUGAUGAUAAUCAGGUCCAGGUCUGAAAUCUUGAAAUUUUGGGUCUUCUUUUCAAAUGAGUGAUUUCAAGGUUGAAAAGCAGUGAGCCUCAUUUGAGGAAAUAGAGCAUUUUGCAUAGAAUCUCCUUUGGAAGGCAGGUCCUUUUUCGCCAGAAUGAAAUGCCGGUUGUCAACACCCAGAUCCUGUUGGUGUCUGAUCUGUUGGUUGUGGGUUUUGAAUUCCUGAUUUGGAGGUAAACCUGGUGGGAGGAGAAACUAAAUAUGCAGACUUUUCAGAACUAAGUAGCACUGGAAAUAAAGCUCAUUUCCAAAAAGGA